CCAAUUAUUAAAAAGUCAUUCAACUCAACUCCAAUAUCCGUCCAUACAAGAUGUUGAAAUUAUUUGUUGUCUCUAUUGCCCUAUUAAUUGCCGGUGCUGCAGCCACUAACGUGAAACAAUGCAAAAAUGGACAACCUUUUCCCCUGAGCGUGGACGUAAUCGGUUGCGAUGAAGUGCCCUGUGAUGUGGUUAAAGGAACUACAGCUCUAAUGAAUGUUCACUUUGUGGGUACUAAGGAUAACAUAAGGAAUUUGACAGCCGUCGUCCAUGCCACAACUAUUGGUAUCACUGUACCCUAUGAUCUACCCCCAGAGGUAGCCAAUGUUUGUGACAAUCUACUCUAUGGAGCCAAUUGUCCCAUUUACAAAACUGAAGAUGUCGUUUACUCCUUCAAAUUUUUCAUUGAAUCACACUAUCCCGAAAUUUCUGUAAGUGUUCAGGUAUCCUUGGAGGAUGAAACUGGCGAGUCCAUUGCUUGUUUUGUAUGCAAUGUAAAAGUAAGGAAAGGAUUCACCACAACUUAUCUCUUGGAAUAGAUAUGAAAAUAUGAAAUUCCAAUGUACCUAUCUAUACACACGUUUCUACAAAGUUAUUUAGUUUAAAUGCUAUAAUAUAGAAAAGACAAAAAGUAUUACAUAGUUUUCAAGAGGCUUUAUUGUUAGUAAUUUAAUAUAAGUUAUAUA